AUGAAUGCCAGUGGAAGAAAGAGGAGUACAUUGGCCGAGCCAUCGGCUAGAUCCAAACGUGGCAGAAAGACAACCUCCUGCUCCCAGUGCCAUACCAGGAAACAGAAAUGUAACCAAGAGCAACCUUGCUCUCGCUGUAUCCAACGCGGAGUCCCCGAGUUAUGUCGAUGGCCCGAAAGAGAAAAUGAAAAUCUCACUCCACCUCAGGAACCAGUAAGCACAGCAGACACACAAGGGACGGAAUUGGGACAGUUAUACAUUGCCAGAGGAGCGCCCAGUUUUUUCGGCAACUCCUAUUUUGGCCAUCAGGUGGCAGCACGGAUGAUCCAGGAAUCUGCCCCUGAUCUCCCACCUAUGAGUUUACUAUCUAGCAAGGACUCAUUACAGUCGUUUCGAAACGACUCUGGCCCAUUCUCCCAAGUAUGGGAUUUGCUCGGUCUCCUACCACGAAACAAAGUGACCGUUGAUCGGCUGAUUGAGAGAUUCUUAACAGAGAUCAAUUGGGCCAUCGACACAGUCCACCCAGAAACCUUCAGAUCUCAAUUUGCAGAGUUCUGGGGGCGAAAGUUUGGAUUCGAUGAGAUUGCCGGAGUUGAUUUGCGCUGGCUCGCUCUUUUAUUCAUUAUCCUCGCGUAUAGCGUGUUGCUGGACAGUCCUUCCACGUCAUCACCCGAAAAACGGAAAGAAAGCGAAGAGGCAUCUCUCCGCUUUUACUGGGCCGCCAGGAGAGCGAUCGUGAUAUCGCCUUCUUUCCACGGAGAAAGUUUGGAUCUCGUCAGAGCAGGACUGAUGGUCACGCGAUAUCUUUUAUAUACAAGACAGGCCGCGGAGAGUUGGCUCACCAUCAGCUUUGCAAUGCGUAUGGCCCAGGCGCAAGGAAUGCACAUAGAUGGAGAGAAAUGGGGAUUGUCCAGGAAAGCAACCGAAACAAGGAGGCGUCUUUGGAGCAAUCUUUACUUGCUGGACAAAACUAUUGCUCUUGCUCUUGGCAGACCGUAUGCUAUAUCAGACCAUAUGUGUCUCAUAAAAGCACCUCAAAAUAUAUGGCUGGAUGGGCUGAGUGAUGAAGAGUCUGCCUUUGCGGUUGCUCAACCUUUGAGUCAUCCUACAAUGAGUACCGUGACAUUGCUUGGAAGCGAGCUAGCUAAAAUCGCAGGCGAAAUCCAAGACCGGUGCUUUGGCCUGUAUCCAGCAUCAUACGAUAUGGUGAUCGAGAUGGAUAACAAACUUGUGGCCUGGAAAGAGCAACUUCCAUCCUACUUUUCAGUAGACGAUCCCCAACUCUCACUGGAUGCGUUACAUACAUUCCUACCGUGGCAUCGCCUUUAUUUACAUUCUGCAUUCCACUUUGCCAGAAUCACUCUUCAUCGACCAUAUCUCUUGCGCGAGUCUAUUACCAAUCGUUUCAGCCUAAGUCACGAAGCAUGUAUCUCAUCGGCAUCUUCGGAUCUCAAAAUUAGAUUGCAAUCCUUGAACUAUGGAACUGCCGAAAACAUGAGAUGGACUUUGGGUACCCACAACAUGUUCAAUAGUGCCUUCAUCCUGGGUAUCAUUGCAGUCCGACGACCCAAUGCGCCUCAAACCGCAGCGAUCUUGAAUGAUCUCGAAGAAUACUGUGAGAGACUACGGAGAGACGUAUGGCUGAACGAAUUUGGCCUCGCCGAAGUCAAAGUUGUAGAGCUUUGCAUCAUACGCACCAUGGGCUUUGCCCAGGCCACCGAGCAGCCAGGAGAACAAGCCCAAAUGAGUCCACCGGAAGUCGUGCCAGAUUUUGUAGCACAGGAGCGUGAAAGGAACCCGAUUAUGCCGACUCCGAUGAAUAUGGAGUCCACGGCUAUAGGUGCUUCGCCGGACAUUAUGCGGCCGAUCUUGAAACCUGGGAACAAAUGA